AUAGCCUGUCGGUCUGGUGUGAUCCUAUGUCAAUGGUAUAGUCGUCGGCAAUAAUCGCAAGUUGGCGAAAAUUAAAUCCGAGUGAGUUCGAGUCACUGGAAUCGUGAAGGAUUCCAUUAUUUGGGUUACUGGGUUUUGGGCGAUUUGAUCUUUGGGGCUGCGCUUUCCAGACCAGAACAACAUUAGCAGGUGAUGGGCUUCAUGAUGGAGGAGCAUAAUCAGAAGAAUUUUGAAGAGUCCAACUCAGGACCAAAAGGGGUACAUUUGGUGGAUUCGGCUAAUUUGGAUGUCGCAUGUUUAGAAACAGAAAUUGGGAGGUUGACAUACACAGUUGAUUGCAUGGAACCCAAGCUGGAGGAUUUAAGAUUACAUGUAUUUAACUUAGAACAUGCGAUGCUUGAAAUAUUGAAUGGUGAUUGUAUUGAGGAAAUUGUUUCUGAGGUUGUCGAAAUUGUGAGUUUAAAGGCCAAUAAGACUCAUAAUCUGUUGAGUCGAACUGUUGGUACAACCUUUGUGGAGCAAAUGGAUGAGGAUUUGUUUGGUGAACAUGGGAGAAGCAGUCAAGACCCACUAAAAAAAUUGACCAAGUCACCAGUGUUGGAUGGCUAUGCUGAUGAGGGACCCCAUGAGGAACUCAUACAUGAUGAGCACAAACCUGACCCCGUUACGAGGGUUAAACAGCAGCCACAAAAGACUAUUCGUUCUCGGAAGCAACAAAGGGGUAAACCCAAAGCCCCAAUUUUUGCAAUAAGCGGUCUCAUCACACCUGAGAAUGCACAUCUCAUGAAAUUUUUAUUUAGGAAGAAUGGAAUUGGAGAAGACAAGUGGAGGCUCUGA